UAGUCACCUGCUCAGAAAACAGUCAUAAUAAACGAAAUUGAAAUUAUAUACAUUUUAUUUCGUGUUAACGCAUCACUAUUUUCGUCGCGUAAACGCCGAACUUUUGUGAAACGACGAAAGACGUAUUUGAGGACGUUAUACAAACGAAUAUCUCCCAAUCAGAAGAUGUUUACUUAUCGCAAUGCCUCCAGUUCUCGAAGUAAUUCGGGAAAACCAAGUCUGAUUGGAAUGAUACGGGCUCGUAAGUUGGCAAUAAAGAUCAAAAGACGUGCUCAGUUUCUAGUGGCUGAUAGACGUCGACGUGAAAAAACCGGCAAAGCGAUCCUAAUUCAUCAUGAUAUACCAGGAUCUUGCAGGCUUCUUGGUUUAAACACAGGUUUAAACGAUGAAGGAUUUUUAUCAUCAAGCGACGGCAGAUUGUUAGUCAGCUCAAGACAGAACCUAACACACUCUAGUCGUGAUAUCGAACACAAGAAGGGUCCAGUUCGGGAGUACAAAAUGACACCAGAUCAUUUCUUCCCAAUGAUGGCUAUUGAAACAAAGAUCAAUGAGAUUCUUGAAUCUCGUUUAAAGGGAAAGAGUUAUGAUCCAGCUAACGGCAAAGAGAUCAGUAAAGAAUUGGCUGAAGAGAUCAAAAUGGAAGUACAGAGAAGUUAUGAAUUGAAAAGAUAUAAGUUGAUUUGUAUUGUUAAUGUGGGCGAAAUGAAAUCUUCAUUUUUAGGCAGUGCUCGCUUCGGUAGCCGUUGUCUGUGGAAUACAUUGUAUGAUAACUUCGCAUCUUCAUGCUAUCAAAACAGUGAACUGUUUGCCGUGGCAACGUUAUAUGCACUGUAUUAUGACUAACUGACUUUUUAGGUUUUCAUGUUGUACUUGCAUAUAACUGUAUAAGCACUUUCGUAUAUAGCAUUAUCCAUAUAUUAUCAUAAAAAAUAUCUUUUAAACUCA